AUGGAUACCCUCACCCCGACCGGCAAUCUGACUCCAAUCACGGUUGGCUCAGGAACCUCGACGCCCAGGAGCCCCAAAAGGAUCAGCUUCGUGCCGCUGGUCACCGUCAUUGGCUUCCACCAUGCGAGAGGGCCUGAAGUCGAGUCGUGGUUUGGCAGUGCGGAGGGUACAGACCCGGCGGUCGACUAUGGGUGGUCACUGCUGCCCUUCAUGGCGCUCAGUGAUGGCGCGCAUGCAUCGACUGAAGACUUCUCCUACUUCACCCUGCUGAAGCCCGCCACCGAGACCGAGCCCGCAACGUCGCUCUUUGGAAUAUCAUGUACCAGGCAGAUGGACGCCUCCGCUCUGAUCAACCGUCCCGCCGAUGUCACUCGUUCGACCGUGCAGAAGGCCGUCGUCGUCAUAGCCGACAACCCGCAGACCUUUGGCACGCUCAGGGAACGACUCAGUGUUGUCACACACGCCUGGUUUGCACAGCGCGAGUUCACCGACACGGAGAUCCUGCGUCGCUUCCAGGAGAGUCUGGCGGAUGAGAAAGAGCGAGGUCUUCUGAGCGAGGACGAGAACCGGGACGCCUACCUCGGCAUGAGCUUGAGGGAGAUGAUCCACGAGUUCAGGUGGCAGACUUUGGUCUUGUUAAAGUGCUGCCUUUUGCAGCCCAAGAUGUUGUUCUUUGGUUCCCGUUGCGAGCGACUUUGCAUGAUGCAGUUUUCUUUGAUAUCUUUGAUACCCGGUCUUAUUCGAAAGCUCCAGGACUGUGCCGACCCGGAACUGAACAGUUACGAGAAGCAUUUGACGAUGCCAACAAAUCUUAAAUCUAGUGACCGAUCAUCGUUACAGGCAUGGAUGGGCCUCCCGCUUCAGAUAUUCGGCAAGGGAAGCCUGUUUGGACCAUAUACACCUCUUCAACAGCUCGAUGUCUUGGCAGACCACGAGACGAAAUCGUACAUCGUUGGAAGUACCAAUUCACUCCUUCUCCAGCAGCGAGACAGGUACAGUGAUAUUCUGAUCAACCUCGACGACGAGUUUAUCAAUAUCACAUCGACGUCGCUGAAGCAAGCACUGCAACUCUCAACCCCGGACAGAAGAUGGAUCGAUUUCAUCACACAGACCGUGAACGAGACCUGGGACGAAGCGAAUCCAGGCCGGCCAAAGACAAUGGGCUUCAUGGGAAGCGAGGAGUUCAUUCGACUUCAAUUCGAGGAUUACAUUAUUGCGCUUCUCUCGGCCGUCAAAUAUCACAACUUCAUGGCCAAGCACAAAGAUAACCCAAAAAUGCUCCUCCCGCAAAUUGACGGUGAUCCAGCCGUGGAUUUCAACUUGGACUGGGUCGAGGCCUGGAUGAAGACCGAGAAUUACCGAAUAUGGAACAACAACACCGACAGCCACCUGUUCGAUAUUGCUGAACCCAGACACAUAUGUGCAGGUGGCCUCACCAUCGACGACGUAUCAAGGCGCGUGACCCAGCAGGUACAGGAUAUGCACUUGGACGAGAAGCUAUCGCAGGGAAGAGAGGCGGCCGCGAGGAAUUUGGCCGCGGCAAGAGAUAAGGGAGGAGCAAUGAUCACUAAGUUCUACGGGGAACUCGAGGCGUAUCGCGAGGCACAGCGGAAGAAAGCAGAGGAGACCAGGCAACAGCAGUCCAGCGACUCUGUGCCUGCCAGUCCAACCAUCAAAAAUGGACACGAUGCCGAGAAGGCUGGCGUGGGUGCCUAUAUGAGUAGCUGGGCCACCUGGGCGGGGGAGAAGCGCAAGGCGCUCGCCAACCGUGGCGCCGGCGACAGGAACAGCGGCAGCAGCGCGAGCGGGUGGGGCCUCGGCCUGGGGAGGACCAAGAGCAAGAGGGAUGGGAGCAGCACGACCUCGCUGCACUCGGCAUCGGAGAAGGAUGUCAAGAGCCCGCGCAUGUCGACGUCCUCGUCCUUCUUCGGCGGGCCAAGGAAGAGUCUCGACAGCGCGAAGGAGCUGGAGAAGGCGCGGCAGGAGGACGUGCGCCCGGGGACGCAGCACUCGUUCAGCGAGAGCAUCCUCGGCUCCGAGGAGUCCGGGACCGUGUCCUCGCCCGAAGUCUCGCCGCAGAAGCCGCGGAUCGACUUCGCCAGGCAGGAGACGAGCGUGUGGAACGACGCCGAGUCGCCGACCGAGUAUAAGUUGGCAUAG